AUGGCGUCCAAGGCCCUCGAAUUCACUCUCGGUAAGUCGCGGCACGACAGCCAGGCACACCGCACACUCAUUCAGUCAGUCACAUGCAUCUCUCUCUCACUGUCAGGUCUGCAUCUGGCGCCGCUGCCCACCACUGCCCGUGGUACGCCCUGCUGCCUGGCGUCCCAUCCCAAGAGGGACGUGGUGGCCUACUGCAGCGGGACCAACGUCGUCAUCCGAAACCUGCAGCCAGCGGUCAGUUAGUCAAGACAAUCAAUGAUACGUCAGUCAGUUAGUUAGUCAGUCAAUCAAGGGCUUGCUUCAUUCAUAUGGAUGCACUGUGUGUGUGUGUGUCCUGCAGGAGAAUGAGUCGCCGGUGGAAGUGCUCGGCCUUCAUGCCAAGCAGGCAGGGAUGCAGGAAGGAACACAACACGACCCACCCCCAUCAUGAUGUUUGGCUGGCUGUCUGGCUGUCUGGUCAGACGACUGCAGUGGCGUACUCGCCGUCAGGCCAGUGGAUUGCCUCGGGAGGUAAGUGUUUACCUACCCAGGUGGGGUGCACACACGAGGCAAGGCAAGAUCUGCGUGUGUGUCUGCUGUCUGUCUAUACAAUAUUGUUUUGUGGGUCAGACGCGUCGGGCCAUCUGAAGGUCUGGGGCGCCCACGGCGACCACGUCGAGAAAGCGGUGUGUACGCUGCCCUCACUCAAAAACCAGGCAACACGCGUGAUGCAUGUCCGUUUGCAGGACUACCCUGUGCUGACCGGUGCCAUAUGCGACAUCGCCUGGAGUGGCGACGGCCAGCGGAUCGCUGUUGUGGGCGACGGCAGAGAAAAGUGAGUGAGGACACGCACGCACACGAUGGCAAACUGUGUGUAUGUGUGUGUGUGUGUGUGUGUGUGUGCCCCUCCCUCUCGGCAUGUCAGGCUGGGAGCGGUUAUCAUCUGGGACACGGGCAGCAAGGCCGGGGAGAUAUCGGGCCACUCCAAGCGGCUGAGGACCGUCGCAUUCAGACCUAAUCGGCCGUUCAGAAUCCUUACCGGUAGUGCCAACCAUACUCUGCCAGAGAUCCACACAUUUAUAUGUGUGUGUGUGUGUGUGUGUGUUUCAGGUGGGGAUGAGUUCAACAUCUGCUACCACGAGGGCCCACCCUUCAAGUUCGGCCACUCCCUGUCCCUUCACACCAACUUUGUCAACGCCAUCAGGUGGGCAGGCAGGCACACAGACACCUGCACACCUUCACACACACACGUGUGUGUGUGUGUGUGUGUGUGUAUGCCUGUGUGUGUUAGGCAUGCGCCAGAGGGCUACGACCGUCUUGUGUCUGUGGGGUCUGACGGCAAAGUCCACCUCAUCGACUCCAAAACGGGACAACACAUCAGGUGCCUCACAGACAGACAGACAGACAGACAGGCGUGAUCACCACACAACACAUUAAUGCAUCGGUGAGCGGUUUGUCUGUCCACUUCUCCUCCCUCAGGGAGUUCGAGCGUCCUGCCGAUCUAUCUGGGAGCGUCUAUGGUGUGGCGUGGCGGCCCAAGAAGGACUCACACAUCUUCGCGACCGUUGGUCAGAACACGUACACGUAGCCACACGCUGUGGUAAUGAGCCCGUAUUGUCUGCCUAUUGGUUGUCGGCUCGUGCCUGCAGGUGGCGACAAGGCCAUUCGGCUGUGGGACGCAGGCGAGAGCGGGCAGCACAUCUGCGCCACUCACGUCGGCGAGCAGAGACUGCAGGACAUGCCACUGGGUGGGUGGGGUGACCUUAUACAAAUGAGCAUCAAAACACACACACCAUCGAUGGAUGCCACCUGCCCAUGUGAUGUGCCUGUGUGUGUGGGUGGGGGGGUCAGGUGUGUGUUGGCUGGCCGAGUCGGACAGAGUCUGUGUGGUGACACUCGACGGUCGGCUGUUGCUGUAUCAGGCCACGCCAAAGGACACGCCCACGUCACUUGCCCUCACAAGCACACUUAUGGGCUCGCAGGUACAACUAACCAAGUGUGGGUGCAGCCAACAUGUGUAUCUCUCUCUCCCUCUCUCUCUCUCUCUCUCUCUCCCCCUUGUGUGUGUGUGUGUGUGUGUGUGUGUGUUCAGAGGAGCUACACGUCUCUGGAGUGGGUCGGUGCCGACUGGCUGGCUGCGGGCUCGACGGACGGCUGUGUCAUCGCCGUACACACGGCUUCAUACAAGGCCAACCAAGGUGAGCGACCACCUGCACACACUCAGACGUGCACUAAGCGUCCAUCAUUUCCACAUCAGGUGUGGGUACGCUGCGCGUUCGUGUGCCCAACGACAAGACCGUCACUCACCUGACGGCUGUCGACGGCCCCACACCCACUCUGUUUGUCGUCGCGCUGGACGACUGCGUGCGAUCUGUGCAGCUGCCCAAAGCGCCCACUGAAGAGGUGCACACACAUCAGCACAUCACAUCAACAGACACGCUUGCUUGACCACCCAGCCCGUCUCAUCAUCUUGAUGCCCUCCCUGCCUGCAGGCAUCGACCCUCGUUCUGCCCAUCAGCGGCGUCAAACUCCCCGGCCGGCCGCUGGGCGUCCUCGCCCUCACCCAGACCGAGACGACCCUGCUCACCGUCACGACACAGUCGGUCAUGGCGGCCAUCGCCACCCCGGUGCCCGCAGACGCCGGCGCGUGCACAUGGGAGCGGAAAGUGGAGGCCAUGCCCACGUGUGUGGGUGGGGGGGUGGCCGGCAAAGGCAAAGGGGAUCAGGAGAGGGCGAUCGUUGCUGUGGGCUUCAGGAAGCAGAAGGGGCAUGUGGAAAGUUUCUUUGUCGGUGAGUGAGUGAGUGAGUGAGUGGGGUGGCAAAGAACACAUAGAAUUGGACCGUCUUGCUGCAUGUGUGUGUGUGGGGUGGGGUGGGGGUGCACGUGUGUGUCAGGUGUGUAUGUGGUGCUGGAUGCGAGCCGGCCCGAUGGCGUUCAGCCGCUGGGUGCUGCUGGUGAUUCAAAUGGAUCAUCGGACGUCUUGCCGGCCGUCGAGACGCUCACCGGACACCAGAGCGAGGUGUGGCGGAGACCAAGGCGUGCAGGGGCCGGGCCGGUGUCCAUUGAUGUGAUGCUGUGUGCGUGUGUGUCGAGCAGGUGACUGCCGUCGCCUUGACGGGUGAUGGUCGGUACGUGGCCUCGGGGGACAGCGCCAAGUACGUCCUCCUAUGGGACCUGGACAAUCUACAGGCAAGCCUCAUCACAGGUGGCACAGCCACAGACACGCCCUUGUUCUGUGGCUGUGGGUGUGUUGGUUUGUUGAGCAGGUGGUGCAUCGUCAGUGGGUGAGCUACUCGUCGCGCAUCACGUCCCUCUCGUGGUCGCCAAACGACACCCUGCUCGCCGUCGCAUCCAUAGACCGGUGCGGUGCGUCUGGUCUGCUGCAUAUGAUAGAGCACCUACCCACACCCACAUGGGACGUGCCGAUUGGUCCUGCUUCCUUGGCUUGGGUGUGUGCUGUGUGUUUUCAGUGACCUGUAUGUUUGGGACCGCGAGACCCCCUCGCGGCGCGCCCACAUCGCCAACGCACACAAAGGAGGCGUCACGGCAGCAAGGUCAGUGAGGCAGAGAGAAAGACGAUCGGUCGUUAUGCUGUGCGCCCGAUGCUUAUGUGUGGUGGCGCGGUUGUGUGUGCAGGUUCAUGCCGGCUGUUGAGGAUGCUGCCGUGUGUCUGGCCACUGCUGGGGCCGAUGGCGCCCUCAAGUGCUACUACAUGAAAUAG